AACCCGGCAGCAUGAGUUUACUUAAUUCUUGGUAUUGGUUUAUCUCUGAGGAGAAUCUUGGCCCAUUCUCCUUCCUAUGUUCUGGGCGGUUUUUGUUUCAGUUCUCUUGAAGCUUUGGUGCGUGCUGUAGCCCAGGCUAGCCCCACUUUAGUGUUGACAGUUGCAGGGCAAGUCACCAAGCCUAGUGUUUUGUUGUUGGUUGUUGAGAUGGAGUUUCAUUAUGUAGCCCUGGCUGGCCUUGAACACAUAGAAAUCUGACUACUUCUCUUUCUAGAGUACUGAGGUUAAGGAUCAGAGGGGUGUGCUCCAGGCUAGCCCUAGUCUUAUAUAUUUGAUCUUUGGAAUCUGGAAGCUUUCUUCCAUGCUGACAGGGUGAUUGGAAGUGUCCAGUGGAGAGACCGUAGCUCAAGGAAGCCAUGCGCCAUUCCCAAUUCUGAAAGAACACUGGGCCCCCUCACUGCUCCCCUUCCUGCACAGCUGUCUCCCGUGCUGCCCAGAUGGAGAGAAGCUUUACGGUGCUGGUGAAUUUCUGUGCAGACUUGAACCGGACAUUCCCUGACAACGUGAUGUUCCGGAAGACGGCAGAUCCUUGUCUCCAGAAGACCCUGUACAACGUGCUGCUGGCGUAUGGGCUGCACAACCAAGAUGUGGGGUACUGCCAGGGGAUGAACUUCAUAGCUGGGUAUCUGAUCCUUAUCACUAAGAAUGAAGAGGAGUCUUUCUGGCUUUUGGAUGCUCUUGUUGGAAGAAUACUGCCUGAUUACUAUAGCCCGGCAAUGUUGGGGCUGAAGACUGAUCAAGAGGUCCUGGCAGAGCUGGUGAGGAUGAAGCUACCGGCGGUGGCAGCACUGAUGGAUGGCCAUGGUGUGUUGUGGACUCUGCUGGUGUCCCGCUGGUUCAUCUGCCUGUUUGUGGAUAUUCUCCCUGUGGAGACGGUGCUACGAAUCUGGGACUGUUUGUUCAACGAAGGCUCCAAAAUCAUAUUCCGGGUUGCUCUGACCUUAAUUAAGCAACAUCAGGAAUUUAUAUUGGAAGCCAGCAGUGUUCCAGACAUCUGUGACAAGUUCAAGCAGAUCACCAAAGGGGACUUUGUGACAGAGUGUCACACGUUCAUGCAGAAAAUAUUUUCAGAACCAGGAAGCCUGUCCAUGGCGACCAUCACUAGGCUCCGGGAAAGUUGCCGAGCUGCGCUGCAGGCACAGAGCUGAGUGCACAGGCUCGUACCAUCCGCUGCUGCAGUUCUCUUCCAGAGCACACACUUCCCCAGUUCCUCUCACGUUGUUCCUCUUGUAAAUACUUGAAAUCGCGACACUCAAUGUGAACUUUUAAAAGAAUGAUUUAAAGUUA